AUGGUGCUACUCCGAUGUCGAUCCUUGACGAUAAAUCUCCCUCCUUUUUUACCUUCACACUUCCAAUCUCAGAAAUUCCACACGAUCCGAUUAUUCCGUAAUCCCAAUUUCAACUCUCUUCCACAAAUCUCAGCUUCUUCUUCUCUUCCCACCAACAAUCCAACAACGAACCGUUCGAUUUCCGAUGCGGCUCGAUUCGCUCGCUCAGUGCUGUUCGUGCCUCCUGGUGUGGAUAUUGAAGAGAUAACUGAAGAUAUGGUGCUUCCGGGCUCCAAUAUAGUCAUCGGACCUUUCGCGGGUCAUUCCCAAAUCAAAGAAGUCGUGUUCGUCAAGAGCAGUGCUCGAGCUAGAGACUGUCCUAAAGAUGACCGUCCUGAGAUUGCCAUUCUUGGUCGUUCUAAUGUCGGAAAAUCUUCCCUUAUCAAUUGCUUGGUUCGUAAAAAGGAAGUCGCUCUCACCUCCAAGAAACCUGGGAAGACUCAGCUUAUAAAUCACUUCUUGGUGAAUAAGAGUUGGUACAUUGUGGAUUUGCCUGGUUAUGGAUUUGCUAAAGUUUCGGAUGCUGCUAAAACGGAUUGGUCUGCGUUUACUAAAGGUUACUUCUUGAAUAGGGAUACUCUUGUGAGUGUGCUUCUUCUGAUUGAUGCGAGUGUUCCUCCUCAGAAGAUUGAUCUCGAUUGUGCUAAUUGGCUCGGUCGCAACAAUGUACCGAUGACAUUUGUGUUUACGAAAUGUGACAAAAUGAAGGCGGCGAAAGGGAAAAGACCUGAUGAGAACAUCAAAGCUUUCCAACAAAUCAUUAGAGAGAAUUUCAAACAACAUCCUCCUUGGAUUAUGACGAGUAGUGUAUCCGGUUUAGGCAGAGACGAGCUUCUACUUCACAUGUCGCAGCUGAGAAACUACUGGGAUCAGUAG